AUGUUCGGUUACCCGACAGGCGUCGGAGCACUGAUAGCGCGCCGCGACGCCGCCGCGGUGCUACGGCCGGUGUACUUUGGUGGUGGCGCCACCGUCGAUGCGACCGCGGAGGACGCGUGGCGCAUACUGCUGCCGGCGCCAGAGGGCCUGGAGGCGGGCACCGUGCCAUUCCUGAGCAUCGCGGCCCUAAAGCACGGCUUCGACCUCCUGGACUCGCUGGGCGGCAUGGCGGCGAUCGAGGCGCACACCGAGUCGCUGCGCUCCUGGGCGUUCCCGCGGCUGUCGGCGCUGCGGCAUGCGAGCGGCGGCCCGCUGCUGCGGAUAUUCGGGGCCCACGGCGAGGGGGCGGCGGCGCAGGCGGGGAUAUUCCAGUUUCUAGUGCUGCGGCCGGACGGAAGCCUGGUGGCGGGCACACAGGUGUUGGCGGACGCCUGCCGGAGCGGCCUACACCUGCGUAUCGGCUGCCACUGCAACCCGGGGCAGUGCCUGUUUGACCUGGGAAUUCGCCCCGAGGAGGAGCGGGCGCGCAGUCUGGGGGGCUACGUCGACUUUCUGACCGUCAUGCGGCCCGGCCCCGGCGGGAAGCUCCUGCCGGUGCAGCUGCCGACGGGCGCGGUGCGCGCGUCCCUGGGGGCGCUCUCACGCUUCGAGGACGUGUAUGCUCUGGAGGAGUUCUUGAGGCGCACAUACCUCCAGUGA